AAACAGAAACGAGCUGGAUUCCUAGAGAGGGCAGGAAAGAAAGACGGGGAGGGCAGGUCCUCCAGAGCAAAAGCCCCUCCCCGCCUCCCCAGACUUUUCCUGCAAAAAAAGGGGGUGCUUCUGUCUCUCCCUGCCAAUGCUGCCCCGGCGGCGCCUGCUGGGAUCCGACAGAACUUGGCAGAAGAUCAAGGGGUUCCUACAUCUCUCUUGGAGGCUUCCUGAGAGCACAGAUGGAUGAGGAAAACUCAGCUGGCCCUGAAGCAGGAAGAGGCCAUGCCAUCAGAACUGGGAGCAGUGGGGGAUUCUGGGGAAAAACUGUGCAGAAGAUCCUGGGUGAGGAGGACACUCUCCGCUCAGAGGCGCAGAGCCAGCAGUUCAGGCAGUUCUGCUUCCAGGAGGCCAAAGGACCUCGAGAGGUUUGCAGCCGACUCCACAACUUUUACCAUCAAUGGCUGAAGCCAGAAAGGCACACGAAAGCUGAGAUGCUGGACCUGGUGAUCUUGGAGCAGUUCCUGGCCGUCCUUCCACCGGAGAUGGAGAGCUGGGUGAGGGAAUGCGGAGCAGAGACCAGUUCCCAGGCGGUGGCCCUGGCCGAAGGAUUCCUCCUGAGUCAGGCAGAGGAGAGAGAGCAGAGACAGGAUCUGUUUGCAGAAAUGGGUCUGGAUUCCUUUAAGACUGAAAGGACUCUGUUGGACACCAGAGAGAAGCUGCUGGGCGACCAGAUGAUGCCAGCAAGACCUCCUCUUCCAUCUAUUCCUGCUGGUGAAGGAGGAGCAACGGCUGUGGAACCAGAUGGGGGUUCGGUGUGCUUUGAAAAUGUCGCUGUUCAUUUCACAGACGAGGAAUGGGCGUUGCUGGAUCCUGACCAGAGAGCUCUGCAUAAGGAAGUCAUGGAGGAGAAUCGCGGGAUCGUGGCCUCUCUCAGUGAUGAUAAAUGGGAAAAUAAGAAGAAGGGAGACCAUGACAUAAUUCACACGGUGGAUAAGCCGUAUCAACAUUUGGAGUAUGGAGAGAGCUUCAGCCAGAGCUCCCAUUCCACUUCCCAUCAAAGAAAUCCCAUUGGGAACAAACCUUAUCAAUGCUUGGAAUGUGGAAAGAGCUUCAGUCAGAGGGAAAGUCUCACUUCCCAUCAGAGACUUCAUACAGGAGAAAAACCUUAUCACUGCUUGGAAUGUGGAAAGAGAUUCAUUCGGAAGAGAAGUCUCACUUCCCAUCAAACCACUCAUACAGGAGAGAAACCCUAUCAGUGCUUGGAAUGUGGGAAGUGCUUUAAUAUACACACAAACGUCCGCCGACAUCAGGUAAUUCACAGCGGGGAGAAACCGUAUCAGUGCUUGGAAUGUGGAAAGAGCUUCAAUAAGAGCUCCAAUCUCACUUCCCAUCAAAGCAUUCAUACAGGGGAGAAACCCUACCAGUGUUUGGAAUGCGGAAAGAGCUUCGGUCGGAACUCCCAUCUCACGUCCCAUCAAAGAAUUCAUAGACAGGAGAAACCCUAUCAGUGCUUGGAAUGUGGGAAGAGCUUCCCUUGGAAGGAAAGUCUCACGUACCAUCAAAGAAUUCAUACAGGGGAGAAACCCUACCAGUGUCUGGAAUGUGGGAAGACCUUUACUACAAGUGCAAACAUCCGCCGACAUCAAAGUAUUCACCGUGGGGAGAAACCAUUUCAGUGCCAAGAGUGUGGAAAGAGCUUUAGUCGGAAGGAAAGUCUUGCUUCCCAUCAAAGCAUCCAUACAGGGCAGAAACCCUACCAGUGCUUGGAAUGCGGAAAGAGCUUCAGUCGGAACUCCCAUCUCACUUCCCAUCAAAGCAUUCAUACCGGGGAGAAACCAUAUCAGUGCCCGGAAUGUGGAAACAGGUUCAGCAGGAGAGCCAAUCUCGCUACCCAUCAAAAAAUCCACAGCAGGGAGAAUGAUAGAAUUGUAGAACUGCAGAGUUUGAAGGGACCCUGUGAGUCAUCUAGUCCAACCCCUUGCAAUGCAGGAAUCUCAGCUAAAGCAUCCAUGACAGACGACCAGACGACCUCUGCUUAAGAACCUCCAAGAAAGGAGAGCCCACCACCUCUGUCAAAGAGCACUUGCCUAGUGCAGAAUUUCAGUCCAUGCGUUGAGUGGUGCUCUGAGCUCCAAGCACAGGAGCGGGUGGAUGGUAGCAGGUCAACGCUUUAUUGAACAGGGGCAACCCGGCUUAAGGCAGGUGGUAGCUGACCAGUGAGGCACUGAAAUCUAUCCCACCAACAAAGGCAACCUGUAGCCAAUCAGGUCAAGCUUUUAACCCGUAACUGCUGCCUUCAGUAUUGUUUUUGCCGCAGGGAAGAGGAGGAGGCCUCUUGUGAGCAGAGCUGAAACAUCAGCCUGACAUCGUUCACUCCAUUUCCUUUACUAGUAUUUCUUCGCCGUCUGCUUGAGGGCUUUGCAGAGCCAGAGCACACGCCAAGCAGG